UCAGUUACUUAUUAUCGCUCUGCGCUCGACAACCAUGUCAGUGUUGAGCAAGUUCCGAAAAGAGUAGACCACAAAACUCGUUGUGGAAGGAUGAGAGCUAUUUAAACGAAACAUUGUGGAUUACUUUGACUUAAUUACUUUUUGUAACGUUUUUCAUUUUUUCCCUGGAAUGCGAGCGUGAACUGGUUCACGGUCAUCCAUAAACACCUCGUCUUUACUGAUCACUAGAUCCGAACAACAGAACCAACAUGGCAUCCACAGAAGAGCCAUCUGGCACGGUCCUGCACCGCCUCAUCCAGGAACAACUACGCUACGGCAACCCCACAGACGCCCGCACCCUCCUGGCCAUCCAGCAGCAGGCCCUGCGCGGAGGCAGCGGAGGGUUCCCUGGCGGAGGACCUGGGAGCGGAGCAGAAGAGGGCCCCGGUCGAAGCCCCCGCUCCUCCCUGGAGAGCCUCACCCAGGAGGACUCCUCAUUCCUCCAGCUGUCCGCCCGUCAGGAGCCCCAGGGCCAGGAGCACCAUGGAGACUACCAGCACUCGGAGAGCAGCUACCAGCUCUACCAGCUCCACGGCGAGGAGCUGCCCACCUACGAGCAGGCCAAGGCCCACUCCCAGUACCUGGCUCAGCAUUGGUCGACCACCACGGGCCCCCACAAGCAGCUCCGCGAGGGGACACUCCUGCGCGAUGGGGACUACCGUGCGGCGGAGGAGGAGCUGAUUGAGUUGAAGCGAGGGCACGUGCGGUCGCUCAGCGAGCGUCUCCUGCAGCUGUCUCUGGAGAGAAAUUGUGCCAUGGCGAAGUCAGAGGCGGUGAAGAGCUCCUCACAUAGUUACCCAGAGCUGGGUUACUACGCCCCCCCACAAGGCCUCCAGGACAAACGCAGCCCACACCCAGAAUACUCAUCGGUUACCAUCAUGACCCAAGGUUAUAUGCCCAUCCACGCUCAAGAGCCCCAGUGUGUGUACAGGGACAUGCCCCAGCCACUCCAGAUCCACCAGCACAGGUAUGCGGCCCCAGCCCAGCAGCAAGCGGAGGCCUGCUACGGCGUGUUCACUAGUCUGCCCCCUGGUGGCGUGGAGGAGCCCAGGCAGACGGAACUGCUGAUGCUGGACAAUGAGAGGCUGAGACAGGAGCUGGAGGGCCACCGAGAGAAGGCCUGCCGCAUCCACAAGUUGGAGCAGGAGGUCCAGAGGGUUUCGGAGGCCUAUGAGACUCUGCUGCAGGGCAGCUGUAAGAGGGAGAGCCUGGAGCAGACCUUGAGGAGCAGACUGGUGGACAAGAUCAGCAGGCUGCAGGACUUCAACAGAGACCUCCAAGAAAGCCUGGCGAAUGCCAGAACACACGCCGCCAAAGAUGUGGAAGCUGCCGAACACAACCAGCACAUCAUGACCAAACUGCUCGAGCAAAACGAGGAGCAGCAGUUUGAGCGUGAGCGCGCAGAGCGAGAACUCCAGCGGCUCCGUAACUCCGCCGAGGAGCAGGGCCUGAGGGUGGAGCAGCUGGAGGAGGCCCUGGAGGCCAAGCGGUGCAAGGGCCGGCAGCUGGAGGAGGAGCUGCGGCGGAAGCGGGCCUACGUGGAGAAGGUGGAGCGGCUGCAGAGCGCCCUGGCUCAGCUGCAGACCACCUGCGAGAAGCGCGAGGGCCUGGAGAUGAGGUUGAGGACACGCCUGGAGCAGGAGCUGAAGAGCCUGAGGGCGCAGCAGAGGCAGUCUCACCCACCGGGCGUGACGGUGGGCUCGCUGCACGAGCGUCUGAGGGAGAGAGAGGAGCGUAUCCUAGCCCUGGAGGCGGACAUGGUGCGCUGGGAGCAGAAGUACUUGGAGGAGAGCACCAUGAGGCAGUUUGCCAUGGACGUGGCCGCCACCGCCGCUCAGAGAGACACAACCAUCAUCAACCAUUCUCCCUGCCACUCUUCCAACAACAGCUUCAAUGAGGACCUGCCUGUAGCUGACUACAGAAACCAGGAGAUGGAAAACCGGAUCCGUGCUCUCUAUACCCAAAUCCUGGCGAAGGAUGCUGUCAUUAAUAUCCUCCAUCAGCAUUUGCACCAGGAACAGAUCAAGAAGGAUGGCUCUUGUCUGCCCACCGCCACGUACACUCCUGUCAGCACGGCCAGCUACACCAGCAUAGGCAAAGGUAAGAGUCUGUCAGACGACCAGACUGCUCUCUCUCCUCUCCUGUGCUCCUCCGCAGCUCACCCCAGCCAGAGCUGUGGAUCAGAGGAUGGAGCUAAGGUCAAAGAGCCGGCCACUGGUUGUAAGCUCAGCAUUGACGACGCUGCUGCACAACAUCAUAACGCCUCCUUGAACCCAUUAAGAGGCCCGGAUGACUUGGAGGCAGAGGCAGUGGAAAUCUUCAUUUGAGGAAGUCAGACUUUUGAUCCUUGACGAGAUUCACUCAAAGGGUAGUGAACUCUCGGAAGCUGUGCAGAGCAAUGGUCAGAGUUCCUCUGAAAAACGGACAGAAGACAAGAAUGUUGAAGAAUGAGAGGGGAAUGUGUGGAAAAAGGACUUGUGUUUUCACAUUUAGAGGGGAGCGGUGCUCUUUCUCUCUUAGCCAGGUGGCUGCAGGCUAGCCGUCUUGGUAUAUGAGACUGUGAAACUUUCGAGGUACUUGGGACAGUAUUUCAGUUUUGUAACGGGAAACAUACCACUGUACUGUCAGUGUAUGUCAAAGUAUUUAUAUUUGCUGUGUACAACGAGUUCAGGAACUUCAUAUUAUUUUUAAAAAUCUGAUCCGUUUUUUCACGUUCCCAAAUAUUAACUUAAAGCUUCACGCUUUUCCAGAUAAAUUCUACAGACAAGGUUAUCUUUGUGGACUUUUGACCGGCAUUCCCUCCCCACGCAAAAAUGUGCCCACAAUCUGGCCACAUUCCUGUGCCAUGGAAUUCUUCAGAGUUAGGAAAACAACUCUCCCAUCUCCAUAAUUGAAUAAAAAUGCCAAGCAAUCUUAAUGUUCAUAUUUUCAUUGGCCGUAUUCCCUAAGCCCCAGUAGUCUUCUCUGCCACAGGAGGCUGGUGACACCUUGAUUGGGGACUGGGUCGUGGUAAUGACUGGAAUGGAAUGGUAACAAAUACGUCAAACACAUGGUUUCCACUAGUCUCCACAGGUUUAGAUGUAGUCGUGAUACAGUAUGCAAUAUAUAGUCUGGUUUUUCAAUUCCGAUUUCUAAACACGAGGUCGGAGAGACUAUUCUCAACCGGGGAGGGUGAAGAGUUUCUUGUUUUAUUGCUUUUCACCAACUGUUAUUUUGUAUUAUUAUUUUCCAAAUAUGUUUGUAUUUCCUGAUGUGGUGAAUCCGCUGGUCAGAUUCACCAUAUUGAUUAAGCUGCAAACUACACCAUUUGGUUUUCGUUUAAUGUGAGCCUUUUUCCGAACUAACAGGUUAAUAUAUUUUAUACAGACGUUUCUAUAAUUAUUUUAGAUAUGUAUUGCUAUGAACAGGAUGCCAAAGAUUAUUUUUGUGUGUGUUGUAAUUUAUGUGCAGACAAUCAUGGUUAUGUCCAGCUGUCCAACAGACAAGGCGUUGACCUCAAGCAAAGACAUUUCUGUGAACUCCUAACAAUAUGAAGGUUGUGAAUUUGAAUUCAAACAUUUCAUAAAGCAAUAAAAUAUAAUAUAAUAUAUA